AUAUACAUCAAUUUUAUUUACACCGGCAACCAAUUUUUCAUUUAUCCAGAGAAAAAUUACAUUAAAUCUAAAUCCUCAGUAUUAUAAUCCACCCCUAACAGUAAAAAACUAUGAGCCCAAAUCAUGACAUUAAACUCGAGGUGUGUGUGGACUCAAUUGCCUCGGCCAUUGCAGCCAUGGAAGGUGGAGCAGCACGUAUUGAACUUUGUUCAGCCCUAAGCGAGGGUGGCCUAACUCCUUCGGUGGGAGUAUUAAAAACUCUUAAAAGUCUUCCCCUUACUAUACCCAUUUACUGCAUGCUGAGACCACGUCGCGGUAAUGACUUCAUAUAUACAGAUUAUGAAAUGACAGCAUUACUCCAUGAUAUGGAACUGUUGCAAGAGAAUGGUGCCGAUGGUUUUGUAUUUGGUUCGUUGACACCGUCACGUGAAGUUAAUGUCGAACAAUGCCAACAAGUAUUGGAGAAGGCCAAAAGUCUACCGAUGACAUUCCACAGAGCAUUUGAUGUUACAGAUCCGGCCAAAAUGCACGAGACAACCAAAGCAAUUAUAGAAUUGGGAUUUCAAAGGAUAUUGAGUAGUGGUUUUCGUCAAAAUGCCCUCGAUGGAGUUGAUAAUCUAGCCCAACUAAUUGCCCGACAUCAUAGAGAUAUAAUUAUUAUGCCUGGGGCUGGUAUAAACAUAUCAAAUUUGGAAGAAAUUCUAACAGCAACAAAGUGCACGGAGUUCCAUGGCUCUGCGACAGUAAGUGCAUGCAUAGAUGUACCAGAUUCAACAGAUGGAAAUGCCACAAAAAUGGAAUGUGAUGUCAGUAUGGGCAAACAAGAUGUACUGCCCUAUGAUAUUUGUGAUAGAAAUACUGUACGAAAAAUGGUUAGCAUUGCCAAUGCUAUGGCAGAGAAAUAAAGAGAAAAAAGACUGGAAA